CCCAUUAAGAGGGAAAAAGUGCUGGAGAAAUGAAGAAGUUUUCCUCUCUCUCUUUCGCUCGCUCGUAUUUUGCGGAGAUCCAUGGCUGAGUUGUUUCAGUGAAUGAGUGAGAAUAAAAGUUGGAGAAUUGUAUGCAAAUAUCUAUCGCUGGCGGAGGCAUUGAGCGGAUCCAUCCAGCUCCAGCUCCAGCUCCAGCUGCAGGUGCCAGAUGCUUGAGAGAGUGAAUGCCUGGCUGACUGACUGACAGACAGAUGGACAGAUGGACAGAUGGAGUGACUGACGGAAUGGCGGCUCCUUGGCAAGUCCUGAGACCGAGGCAAAAGUUAUGAAAGUUUUUUGAUGAUAAAUGGAGCUCCCCCCCACAACAAUUUUAUAGUUUUGUUUAUAACAAAACAAUAUAAUAAAACAAUAGAAAGGCAAAGGAAAAGGAAAAUGUAUGCCUCAGCAGGAAGCAGCAUCCGAUGGGGUGACCUACUCCUCCGGCACCCUCUCCUUGGUCUCUUUCAAUUAGAAUUGACUUAAUUUUUCAGCGAUUUUGGCUCAAAGGAAAUGCAUGAAUUGACAAUGCAAAAGAAGACCCCCUUCAUAAGACCCUGGAUAAUACAAGUGAAUAUUUUAUUCUUUCAAUUCAAAUUAAUGUCAUAUCAUAGCUGGAUAUCUAGAGAAUCCCCGUCCAAAGGUCCCAUAGAAAUCUGAAGAAACGCAAUGAUAUUCCAACUCCAAUGAGCACCAAAAAGUCGUAUGGAAAUCGUAUGCCGAUCGUCGUGGACGAGCCUCUCUACCCCUUUGUAGGCACUUUUUGUACACUACAAUUUCCAGACAUCACUGAAAACACGCUCAAACAACAAACGCUCACACAGAUACACACAUACAGAGCGAUAAACCAUGCCAAGGAGUGCCCGGGCGGAGCAGGCGGUGGAGGAGGAGAAGGAGAAGGAGAAGGAGCAGAGGUCCUCCAACCACUAUUCAGACCGGCCUGGAUCAAAGCUAAGGAUCCCCGCCUCGGUGACGCAGGCGACCUGGCAGCGGCACCGCAAGAGCCGCACCAGACGGGCCUUGGCGGCGACCCUGGACCGCCUUCGGGUGAUGGAGAAGAAGGUGCGGCUGCAGACUGAGCGGCACGAUCGACUGCUGAGCAGCCUCCAGGAGUGCGGGGGCCAGGGGGCCACCGGCACAGGCACCGCCCCUGCCCCCGCCACAGGAACUGGCACUGGCAGUGGCAGUGUGGAGACACUGAUCCGUGGCUCGGAGCAGGAGGCGGAGGACCAGACGAGCGGCCAGGGCUGGCAGACGUUCAUGGACUCGGUGAGGUGCCGCCUGAACGUCAACCAGGUGGUGCGACAGGUGCGCAACGAUGCCGCCCUCACGCUGGACUUUGUGGUGCUGCUGGUGGCCGCCGCGCUGAUCUCGUGCGUGGGUCUGGUGGGGAACAGCUACCUCCUGCUGUCCAGCAGCAUGCUCAUCUCGCCGCUGAUGGGGCCGAUCAUUGCCGGCACCUUCGGGUCGGUGAUCGGCGACCGGGGCCUCUGGUGGCUGGGCUUCAAGAACGAGCUGAUCGGCAUCGCCGUCUCGGCGGGAAUCGGGUUCAUCUUCGGCGUGCUCGUGUUCCGCUUGGGCCCCUUCUUCGCCAUCGGCUCGGGCCUCACCGAGGAGAUCGUCUCGCGCUGCACCAUCCAUGCCCUGGCCAUUGGCAUCAUGACGGCCCUGGUCUCGGGCGCCGCGGGAGCCAUCGCCGUUCUGGGCGGCAACACGGGCUCCCUGGCGGGCGUCGCCAUCUCGGCCUCCCUGCUGCCGCCGGCGGUGAACGCGGGCCUGCUGUUCGCCCUGGCCCUGGGCGCUCGGGUCCUGCACCGCGACCACGAGCUCAUCCAGACCCUCGGCAAGCACCACGAGUACUCGAACAACCUGGAGACCGAGCUGCUGGUCUGCGCUCUGGUCAGCAUGGCCCUGGCCCUCGUGAAUGUCGUCUGCAUUUGGGUGACGGGCGUGAUCGUGCUGCUCAUCAAGGAGGUGACGCCGGCGGUGCAGCGGAACCAGCAGUUCUGGCGCCACGACAUCCGUACCGCCCGCCGGGCGGCGCACCGGGAUCCGGCCCUCCAGGAGGCCAUCAAUCGGUGGGACGAGCGGAGCCAGAGCCAGUUGAACUUCGGUGUGGACAUCGACCUGGAGGCGCCGCAGUACCAGAACACCUGGUCGCCCGGCAUGGACCGAAUGCCCAUCAGGGAGCAUCUGCAGAGCAACUACCACACGGUCCACGGCUUCCAGGAGCUCUGCUUCACCCUGCAAAAGCUCAAGCAGGAUCAGACUCUGGGCGGCCAGAGGAGGACCUCCACGGGGCCCACUGUAAUGGAGCUGUUCACCAGCAUCAAGCAGGACAAGAGGGAGAAAGAAGUCAGCAAGGCAAAGGCCUCCUGCUCCGAGACAGCCCUGACCGGCAGGAGCGGUACCAGCCGUGGGCAUGGGGCCUCGAUCUGCCCUCCAGACCGUCCGCUGCGCCUGCUGCCCAUCGGCAGGGCACCCAUCGAGAAGGAGGAGGACGAAUCGGAAGCUUAGCUCUGGUUUGCUCUGGCAAUUGUAGCUAAAAAUGGGACGGGAGCCGAGUCCUGCAAAGCAACUUCUUUCUGUCGCGUUUUCUUGUUCGAAAUGCUCCCUCUAAAGUCAAUCUUUCAUGUGAAAGUUGAAUCUCUAGUCUCGUUCUACAUCCUGCCUCUUGGGGGAGACUGAACGGGGGGAGAAGGGAAGAAUUGCAGACCUGGAUCUCUCUCAAAAGAGAGACCCACUUCCUUGUGGGUCCAUGCCCAACCCUUGGAUCUCCUGGGGUAUUGGAUAUUUGUAUCCAGAUAUGAUUCAUGGCCGCUACUCUCAUUAGGAAUUUGUAUAUAUGGCAUAUACAAAGCGGUUAUCGCCCUCUCUGCCCUGUGCAUACGAGUAUCCACUCCCUAAUGCCAUGGAAAAUGGAAAAUGGAAAAUUUAAUGUGCAAAAACUGGCCUAGGCAUCGCAUAUGAAUUGUGUUUGCACAUUCUUAUCGCUAACUAAUUUCGCAAAUCAACUGCACUGAUUUCUGUUUACUUAAUUGAAACUGAAAGAUCAACAAAAAACAAAAACAAGAGCCAAAAAAAGGGGGAAAAACAUCAAAAUUGGAAACAGGAGGUCACGGUUUUGGCAAUGAUUGCGACUUGGGGGAUACCCCGUUUGGCAGGCAUGUAUUCGAGUGGAUGGCUUAUCACAGAACGUGCAAGAUUUAUAUAGAUAGACAGGUAUUAUCUUUCUGGUUGAAGCUCGAAAGCGUAACCCCCCAUCGAGGCUGCAAGUACAGGGUGGACACAUUCUUUGUGAGUGAUUGAAGUGGAUCGUGAUUAGCAGUGGGCAGGGCGCAGGGCGUAGUGGGCGGGCGUUGAAAUUGCAUUUCCCCGGACGGAGGCAGAGGGGGGCUGCUGCAGGGAGCAGUGGCGCAGAGCAAACAAUUCCGAGUUUAUUGCGAAUUAGAAUAAAGCGAGAGCUCCGCAAUCCGAAACAAAUCGAAAUCAAAUUGAAGCGCAAUCUCCCAUCCGUGAAGCGUUGCCUCCUGCCGACUCCUGGCAGGACACCAGGCAGGCAGUCAGGCAGGCAGGCAGUCAGGCAGCCAGGUCAUGUGCCUCUGCAAAUCAGGCACAUUAAUUAUGACGAAUUGGAGCAUCGCUGCAGGGCCCACGCUGCACGGUGCACCCCAAGAGGGGUUCUGCGGGGCGUUUCGUGUGUUGUAAAAUUGGAAAUUGGAUUGGAAAUAUUUGCACGAAAUUCCAAUUCUCAUUUUCAAUUGACGCGCCAGCGAUUAUGCUGGACAAUUUGUUCAUUACGAGGCCACACGGUAGCUGGACGUUUGCCGCCUCCUGCCGUUUGGUGGGGCGUGGCCAGUCGCAAAUUUGAGGCACUGCCGCUUCUGCUCCACUCAAUUACAGGCCUUUUGUGUUCCAUCUGCGACUUCUGGCUCCUGGCUCCUGGCUCCUGGCUGCUGGCUCCCGACUCCUGUGUUUGGCACCGUAACCGUAACCGAAACCGAAACCAUUCCCGUAACCGAAUCAUCCAUCAGGUGCGUUUGUUGUUGUCUGUGUGUCUGUGUGUGUGUGUGUGUGUGUGUGCUUCGCUUGCCUCUGACCCCUUGGGGUCAGACUGACUCUGGAGUGGAGGCAACAAUAACUGGAACGGCCGCAACGGAACGUCAUGGCGAUGGACGACGAACCAAAGCAGUGGAAAAGGCAGCUAAACCAUAGAACAAAGCAGUGGAAAAGCCACAUAACCAAGCUGUGGAUGAGCAGUCCAAAGCAGUUGCACUCCCACCAAAAGAUAGGAACAAGCAGUGGAAGCAUACCCAAGAAGAGGCAACCAAGCAGUGGAGAAGCAAGUCCCAGGAGAGAAAAGGAGUAAUAACUAAGAAGUGAAAGCAGUUCUCCGUUCAUAUUGGAUAGAGCGGAAAAAGUGUCCCCCCAGCAAACUUCGGAUAAGAUCCAUACGAUCCGGCCCUACGAAAGGGUAAUCCAGCUGAGAUUCAAAGGCCAUCGUUUUGAUUUGACAGAUUUAUGAUUCAGAAGAGUCUAAUUUCGGAAUUUACGAACGAAGUACGUAGUCAUGCACGGUUUCAUUCAUGAAUGCCGCGUGCCCCAUGCCCCAUGCGCCGCACCUGCUGUGGCGGUGGGUCCUGAACAAGACAUUGAUGCCGAUGCUGAUGGCAUGUGAAUGAGUUACUUGCAGGAGCGGGCCUGAUUGAUGGGUCCCAGUGCCUAUCGAAUGAAUAGGAGACGUGGGAUUCUAUCAGUAACAGGAUAAUCGCUGUUAAUCGCUGAUAAUCCAGAGGUAUCCUGAGGGCAACUACUGCUCGCUCUCCCUCUCUCUCUCUCUCUCUCUCUUUUGAUCCAGAUACUGUCACCGACUCCAUAUAUCCCACAUAUCCAUAUACUCGCAGGACUUUGUGCAUUU